AGGUCGAAACGUGGCCUUGAAAAACCGUCGGUUAUAAAAGGUCGCUUGAUCAGUUCUUACCUGGUCUCCACACGCACCGCACUUCUAGUCCAGCCUUUCCUUCGAAAUGUGUAACGCUAUUUUGUACGCGUUGUUGGCUGGCGUUUGUUUUUCGGCUCAUUUACUGCGGGGCGUUGGGUCGUUGCCAGUACCGACGACGACCAGCACGGAAAGUCCGCCGAUUUCGCCCGCAGUUUCUUCAGAUGCAGACACUGACGAAUCGACAGCGGAGGCUUCACGGGAAGUUUCUUAUUACACCGCUGUGGCUUCAACGUCCCGUCAGGAUAGUCCCGGCAGCAGCCGCAUGUUCACCGUAACGGCCAUUUUCAAAAAGCCGGCGCCUUCGCCGGAAUCUGACGAUUCCUCGACCGACGAACAACCCACCGACCCCAAUUUGCCUCUUUCAUCUGCUGUGGUCUCUUCGUCGACGGCCGAGGAGAGCUGCUCGUCGGGAGUUGUCCAACGGGGCCCGUGCCGCAAGAGGUCCGCUUCCACCGAACGAAUGUCCAAAGAGGUCCUGGAUUUUUACACGCCUGGCGCUAAAAGGAGUUUGAGGGAAGCGAAUCCUUCGUCCGAAAAUUGGGCUGUUCCGAAUCUCGAAAAAUCGCCCGGCCACAAUGAAACCUCGUCCGCAGCCAACAGCCAGUCACGCCGGUCCAGUCAUUCACGUGAUUCAGACAGUCCUUCGCCCGAGAGUUCGAAUAAAGAAGCUUCCUCCGCUUCCAAAUCGUCCAGUGAUUCAUCAUCCACCGAUAAAAGCCAACCGGGAACGCCCAUGUGAUCUAAUCAAGAUGGAAGACAGUUCCUACAAGUAUAAAAGCAUCUCUUCUUCUUCAUAAAAAAAUUGCCUACCUGUUUUGGAUUGUUGAUGUAUUUUUGCACUUAUGUGGAUCGUCGAAAGUUAUUGAUUUAUUUGUGGAGCCUGCGAUGAUACCUGUAACGCAUGAAUUCUUAUUUUCUAGCUUACAAUUUUUAAUAGUAAUACAUCUAUUUUCUCAAACUAAA